UGUUGUUAGCAGCUGCACAACGCUUAUUGUUUACUGCAUUUUGAAAUAAAUUUGUUUGAGGUGGUUUUUGGUGCUGCCGCGGAAAAUGAAUGAUCCAAAUAAGAGGAUCGACGUGAAUAUAUCGUCGCUUCUCAGUCUCAAAGCCGAACUCUUGCGAAAGCAGGAAGAAGUAAACCGUGCCAAAUUAAGACAGGCUGCCGAAACUUUCAUACCAAAGAAAGCUACGAAACCAGAUUACAGAGAUGUUGAUGAAUCUAAGAAGGAGAAAAAACGUAUUGAAGAUUAUGAAGAUUCUGCCCUAUUGGAUAAGUCGAGAAAGGUUUUGGAAGCCAAGAGCCGGUUCUAUGACAAAAUGGCAGCUGCUGGUGGGAAGCUUAACUCUGAUGAUAACUGCUUAGUGCUUUUCAAUCAAAAGAAACAAGACGAAAAGCCUUACAAGGAGACUAGCUCAGAAUCGGAGAUCAGUGAAGAUGAGAACGAAACGGGAAAAUAUAAAACAGAUAAUAUCGAUGAGGAGUGGGUCGAAUAUACCGAUUGUUUGGGCAGAACUCGUCAGUGUCUCAAGAAGGAUUUAGAGUUUUUCAAGAAGAAAGACAGCCAACUAGCAGAGAACAUACAGCCAAGAAUAGAAUUGAAUCAAAAUGCCCCAAUGUGGAUGAUUGAUACAAAUCCAUCUAAGGUUACUGAAUCCGUGAUGGCCGACGACGCAACAGAAAUGACCUCAAUGAUUUCUAAACACGAUCAGCAGAAAAUGAAUUGGGAAAAGAAAGAGGAGGAGAAUGUUCAAAAAGAAAACGUUCACUAUCAAGAUGUGUUGUUCGACGAGGCUCGUUCACAUGGCGUUGGGUACUAUGCAUUUGCAACGGAUGAAGAAGAGAGAGCGAAGCAAAUGAAAGCCUUGGAUGAAAUGCGUAAAAAGACGCUUGAGGAACAGAAGCAGCGCGAAGCACAAAGGCUCAAUAGAGAAAAAAUCAUAGCAGAACGCGUUAAGGCUGCCAAAAACCGACAGAGGGCUCGUUUGGGUUUGCCUCCUAUUGAAGACGAACCAGAAUCGGAGCAAACCAAACUUUACAACUCCAAGGAUGAAGAAAAACGUCUCAAACGUGAAGAAAAGGAACGACGUCGAAAAGAGCGUGAAGACAAAAAGAGGGAAGAGGAAAGGAAACAACACAUACGUCCAUGGGAUAAAAACAAACCAGGUGUACCACCAACAAAUGAUUCUUCAAAUUCUGAAAAUGAUGACGAUUGGAACUAUAAACCCGAACGUGAACCCAUGUCCCAGGAGCAAUGGAAUGAGAUGAAACGUGAAGAACGGAAUCCUGAAUUCGCUCCGAUGCCUGGACCACCACCGCCCCCGUUGCGACAAUUUCGUUCUCAGCCUUCCUUCAUACCUCACUCAGAAGAUGCUGGUCCAAAUCCUCUUUUCUUUACAACUAAGAAAGUUCCUCACAAGGAAGUUCCAAAAGAAUUCCACAAGCGAAAUUAUUCUGCCGCAAUGACGAGUCCAAAUAGUAUCGAUGAUGAAGAGGGUGAAUCGGCUUGUGAUCGGGAGCCAGCAAGAGGAGCCGAAAUACCUCCUCCACCUACGUUUGAAUAUUAUGGACCAACUUCUGCUAAACGCGAGAAACUAUCAAGGCCAGACUUGGAGCAGUCGAUUGCAGCUGGACUGAAGUUCCUUCGAAAUCAAUCUGAUAAGGGAGUUUUGCCAACGAAGUCCAGCUGGACGGCGAAUGCUGAUUAUUGAUUUGUUAUGUAACAUUUAUAUAUGUAUGUGGAAUAAACAAGCUG